AUGUCGACGGGUGUCGAGAUCAUAGCAUCUCCCAUACCGAGCAUACAGCAGCUGGAACACGCCAGAACGGUGCUCACGAGGACGCCAAGCCCCAGCCCUACAGAAAGCGAAUAUCUCUCUCGCAAAACCAUCAUCAAUUGGAAAGCAUUUAAAUCUCGCAAAUUCUGGAUGCGGCGAGAGAGAAUAUACCACUACAUUGCUGCCCUUAUCAUUAUCGCUAUAGUGGGAUUAUUCAUUGCCUAUCAACGGAAAAUUGUCCGCGCGCUUCGGCCCAUGUCUGAAUGGAUCAAGGAUCGUCCAGCCGGCUGGUUGAUCCCCAUCGCGGUGCUCUUUAUCGUCUCCUUCCCACCUCUACUCGGUCACGAACUUAUCGCCAUUUUGUGCGGCCUCGUAUGGGGCUUAGGUAUAGGCUUCGGAAUAGUAGCAGCGGGCACAUUCAUCGGGGAGCUCGGCAAUUACUACGCGUUCAAGUAUUGUUGUCGCACACGCGCGGCCAAGUAUGAGACAAGCACUAUCCCAUAUGCAUGCCUCACCAAGAUCGUGCGCGACGGCGGGUUCAAGAUUGCAUUGAUCUCGAGAUAUAGUAUCAUUCCAGGCCACCUAACCACCGCCGUAUAUUCGACAUGCGGCAUGAGUAUCGGGGUCUUCUGCGCGGCGGCUAUUCUUUCGUUACCAAAGCAGUUCUUGUUUAUCUUCGUCGGAGUACUCGUUCAGAACUCAGACAAAGGUCACGGCGUUCCGAUCAAGACGCGACUCAUCAGUCUUGCUGUUGUGGCCGUAACAAUAGGCAUAACCGUAGGCGCAGGCUGGUACAUCCUUCGCGAGAUGAACAAGGUGAAAGACGAAAUUAUAUACGAACGACGCAAAAGCAGACAACAGUAUCAGGCUACAAGCAGAAGCAAUAUACUCGCUAUCAGCACUAGCAGCAUACUGGAUGAUACUCCCAAAGACGACGCUGUUGUAGGCUCCGACGAUAUUCCGAUGACUCCGCUGCGAUAUCGUGCACACGAACACGGAGCUUUCGACUCCAGACGCGAAAAUGUGUGA